UGGAAUUAGAAGAACCACUAGUAUUUUUCUGUAUUGCAUGAAUAAUUCUUAAGUUGUAUUGAUUUAAAUAGUUUAUGCAAUUUCUUGUUUGUUUGUUUUUUUAAACACACAUAUAGGCCUACAUGUAGCAAUCAACUAACUAAUCAGUAAUAAACACAUCCUGCAUUCACAAGACAACAGGUUACUAAAUAUGACAAUAAAGCAACAGUAGUUUUUGGGAAACGGAAGCCAUGCAAAUUUCCAGGCCCCAGUGCAUACUGGGAAGCAAGAGCAAAAGCUGUGCCUAUAUAAGAAAUGCUUGAAUGCUUAAACAACUUUUUUAAAUAUAUAAACCAAGUCAGUAUAGUCUUCUAACUGAAGAAUCACCCCCAGGCUGAUAGUGUAUUCUGAGAUGUACAGUUAUUAUAAGAGAGAGAUUUAGGCUAUUCAAAGUUGUUAGCGAAUGUAGUAUAGCUCAAAAUUAAAGGUUAGCCUAGCAUUAAAGAUUAUUUAUCAUAAGUCAUAAUGAAGUAAAUAAUGUCAGGAAUUGUCAAAGCAGGCUACUUCCGACAAUGGAAAGCGAAUGACGUACAAUCACGAUUCUUCAUUCGUUUGCAUACAACUUUGUGGUUAAGAAAUACUUGUACUAUUUGUGUAAGUUAAUAAUGUUUAUUAGGCCUUUAUUAACUUUCGAGGUUUUGUUAGUGGUAAAUGAGUCACUUCAUCAACAAACUCAUAAGGACUUUGAUUUGAGUAUAUAGGCCAUAUUGAGAAUCAUUUUCAUAAUGCUGCCAUAUUUAUUUACAGAGUAAUCGUCCUAAAUGAGUUAUGAGUACCCCUGUUUUUAUUACAGGUUACUCUAUAUUUCAGGCUUGUAAUGGUCAUUUUAAGUUAGAGCCAUUUAACAAAAAAAAUGUGCUAAACAGUACCUUAAUCAAUAAAACUAAAUAAAUACAUAUAAAUGAAUUAGAAAUACUUGUACUAUUAGUGGAAGUUAAUAACGUUAAUUAGGCCUAUUGUUAACUUUAUAGGUUUUGUUAGUGGUAAAUGAGUCACUUCAUCAACAAACUCCUAAGGAAUUUGAUUGGAGUAGCUAGUCUAUAUUGGAAAUCUGGAAGUAUGUAAAUCGAUGUUAUUUUUAGCGUGUCUGCAUUGUAACUGCAUUUGGCCUUGUUGUGUGGACUGCCGCCCUUAGCUUUAAAACGGGAAUGCUUCAUUCAUUAGUAAUCGAGUGGCUAUUUCAAGUUGAGUCCGCGAUCGUGAAGGGCUUUGAAUCGCGCGUGUUCUUAAAAAUGAGCCCCCACACUCCCAGCCAUCCAGCAUCUUUCUCCGUCGUGCGUCCUUCAUGCACACAGCAGCACAUGGUUACAAUCAAGCCCAUAAAUCAGGCGCCUCCGAUCGAAUAGUCCGAAUUAAGCACACAUGCACAUCAGACUGGGACUGACUGCUGUUGCAGUAGAAGAAGCGAGAGAAACAGUCACACAUCAGGGGGAGGGAUGGAACCAAAAAGCCUCUAUAGUGAUCAAUAUCUGACUGUCUUUUGUAAAUCGCUGCAGUGCUUCACAGGUGUACACUCGAGUAUUCUCAUACGGAUUGACUGAACUGGAGCCACAUGUCACAUGUGCUUCAUAGGAAGAACCGGGGCAUCAUCUGCUGCAAGCUGGAUCUGGAGGAGGAUGCUGCGGCAAGUGAUACACAGAGGGCUGAAAUCUUCCUUCUACUGGCUGGGUUUGUUCGUGAGCAGGCAUCCGGUGUUCUUCCUCACCGUCCCCGCAGUCCUGACCAUCAUUUUCGGAUCCACGGUGCUGAGCCGGUUUAAGCCCGAGACGGACCUGGAGAUCCUGGUCGCCCCGACGCACAGCCUCGCGAAGAUCGAGCGGAGUCUCGCCAACAGCCUCUUCCCCAUCGACCAGUCGAAGCACAAGCUGUACUCGGACCUGCACACCCCCGGCAGAUAUGGCAGACUCAUCCUGCUGGCCAAAUCCGGGGGAAAUAUCCUGGAACUGGCCGAGCAGGUGCUCCAGGUGCACAAGAAGGUCCUGGAUAUGCGUGUCAAUUAUAAAGGCUUCAAUUACACUUUCGCGCAUCUCUGUGUCCUGAGCCACCGGGACAAGAGAUGCCUCCUGGAUGAUAUCAUCACCAUAUUCGAAGACAUUCGCUUAGCUGUUCUGUCCAACAGCACUUUUGCCAAGGUCCCCGUGAGCUAUCCGAAUACAACAUUAAAGGAUGGUCGAGUGUCCUUUAUUGGCCAUCAGCUGGGUGGCGUGGCCUUGCCUGCAAACAGCCGGGAUCAACAGGUCAAGUUUGCUCGCGCCAUCCAAAUCACCUACUACCUCCGCAACCUUGGGCCAGUGGUGCAGGACAUCAUUUCUGAGAAGUGGGAGAGUGAAUUCUGUAAGCUAGUGCACCAGCUGGCUACAGACAGCCAGGAACUACACAUCCAGUCGCUUACAUCCUUCAGCUUAUGGCGGGACUUCCACAAGACAGGCGUGCUGGCCAAGAGCGAGGUACUGGUCAGCUUGGUGCUGGUGCUUCUGGCAGCCACCAUCUCCAGCUCUAUGCGGGACUGUUUGCGCGGGAAACCCUUCCUGGGCCUGUUGGGCGUCCUUACCAUCUGCAUCGCCAACGUGACGGCAGCUGGGAUUUUUUUCAUCUCUGAUGGGAAAUUUAACUCUACUCUGCUUGGGAUCCCCUUUUUUGCCAUGGGCCAUGGAACAAAAGGUGUGUUUGAGCUUCUGGCAGGCUGGAGAAGAACCAGAGAGAGUUUACCCUUCAAGGAGAGAGUGGCGGAUGCAUUCGCCGACGUGAUGGUGUGCUACACCAUGACUAGCUCGCUCUAUAUUAUCACCUUCGGCAUGGGUGCCAGCCCUUUCACCAACAUCGAAUCCGUGAAGGUUUUCUGCCAGAGCAUGUGUGUAGCAAUCUUGGUGAACUACUUCUACGUAUUCUCAUUCUACGGCUCCUGCCUGGUGUUUGCCGGGCAGCUGGAGCAAAACCGCUAUCACAGCGUCUUCUGCUGCAAGAUCCCUUCGGUGGAGUAUCUGGACCGCCAGCCCACUUGGUUCAAGACCAUGAUGAGUGAUGGCCACGAUUUGUCAACACACCACGACAGCAUACCGUACCAGAACCACUUCAUUCAACACUUCCUAAGGGAGCAUUACACAGAAUGGAUUACCAACACGUACGUCAAGCCAUUUGUGGUUAUCCUCUACCUGAUUUACGCCUCCUUUUCUUUCAUGGGAUGUUUACAAAUCAGCGACGGCUCUAACAUAAUUAAUCUGCUAGCUAGUAAUUCGCCCAGUGUGUCAUUCGCCCUGACCCAACAGAAAUACUUUAGCAACUACAGUCCAGUGAUCGGGUUUUACAUCUACGAACCCAUUGAGUAUUGGAACGCCACGGUACAGGAGCACCUCAAGACGCUGGGCCAGGGCUUUAAUAAGAUUUCAUGGAUCGAUAAUUACUUUCACUAUCUGAGGGUCGUGAAUGUCAGUGCGUCAACCAAAAGUGAUUUCAUCAACAUCCUCAAGACUUCUUUUCUGAGGAGCCCAGAAUAUCAACACUUCGUGGACGACAUCAUUUUCUCCAAAAACGGAGACGAGUACGACAUCAUUGCAUCCAAGAUGUACUUGGUGGCCAGGACGACUGAGAAGACCAGGGAGGAGGUCGUGGAGCUGCUAGAGAGACUUCGACCUCUCUCCCUCAUAAACAGCAUCAAGUUCAUCGUUUUCAAUCCGACGUUCGUGUUCAUGGACCGCUACAGUUCCUCCAUCAUCUCCCCCAUCCUAACGUCGGGUUUCAGCGUGCUUACUAUUCUCAUCCUCACCUUCUUCCUGGUCAUUAACCCACUGGGGAACUUCUGGUUGAUUUUGACUGUCACCUCCGUGGAACUGGGCGUCUUGGGUCUCAUGACGCUCUGGAAUGUAGACAUGGACAGCAUCUCAAUCCUGUGCCUUAUUUAUACUCUCAACUUUGCCAUGGAUCACUGUGCCCCCCACCUCUACACGUUCGUACUGGCCACUGAGCAUACGCGGACUCAGUGCAUCAAGAUCUCUUUAGAGGAGCAUGGGGCCGCCAUUUUGCAGAACACCUCGUGUUUUGUAAUUGGGAUAAUGCCUCUUCUCUUUGUGCCUUCUAACCUGACCUACACACUGUUCAAGUGCUCCCUUCUCACUGCAGGCUGCACAGUGCUGCACUGUUUCGUCAUCCUACCGGUGUUUUUGACAUUCUUUCCACCCUCUAAGAAGCGGCACAAGAAAAAGAAACGUGCCAAACGGAAAGAGCGGGAAAGAGAGAGGGAGCGGGAGAGGGAGAGAGAGGAAAUCGAGUGCAUCGAAGUCAGGGAAAACCCGGACCACGUGACCAAUGUUUGAUUGAAAGAUGUGUGUGAACGUAAGUGGUAAGAAAUCAGCUCCCGUACACUAGGGGGCGACAUCAGGCAGCACUUCACAGAUCCAGAGGUGGCCAAGUAUGGCACUCUCGCCCCUGGGGUGACCCUCGCGACCCCAGCAAUCAACAACAGUGCUGUCCAGAGUUAAAAACCCCUUUUCACUCAUUUCUUGUGUACCCUUCAUCUAGAACAGUGUAUAACAUCUGCAGCUGCUAGCUGAUGUUAGCCGUUAAUGAAAGGUUUGUAAAGGAAGGUUGUCUGUAUACAUGAACUAAUACAAAAGACCUAAAAAGAAGGCCUCCAAAAAUGUUAUGAGCAUGAAUCUAAGCAGGUGGGUUCCUGCUUAUUUUCGAUCUCUAGGGGUAUCCUCGAGGGUAUUCAUAUAUGUUUUGUAAGAGCAGAUAUCACAACCAGUCCAUUUGCUCUUAUUUAGCACCAACACAAUUCUGUUUGAUCACUCGGUGUUUUUCUAAAUGUUAUGCACCUCACGUUCCUCCAGCCUUGUGCUUACAUAAUUAAUCGAGACCAACUCUGUUUAAAAAUAACUAUGUGAAAAAUAGUAGCGAAAGGAAGUAGCAAGUUUUCAGCGUCCAUCAAAUUAUGCAGCACUCUCCUACAAAUAACCCUUGGCAUGCAUUUAUCACAAAUGUCCUGUAGCAAAUCUAAUAGUGUGUUUGCAGUUUCUCUGGUAGCAGUUAUUUAGACAUAUUCACUGAGACUCCCCCAGAGAGGUCCCACCUUAUACCUGGAAAAUAUCCUCCAAGCAAACCAUUAAUGAUCAGUAGAAUGAAACAUUAAGAAUUGCAAAAGGGGGUUUUCUCCUUUAAAUGUUCAGUGAAAGUAGAUUUGUCAAAGCUGACAUUUUGCUGAAAUCCAGACUGUAAUUUGUCUUACUCUUCCGGGUAAAUAAACAGUGUCUGAAGGUGCAUUGUGUGGAGACCACCGACAUGAAUCACUAAAAUGUUUUGCAUAUAAUAUUAAACUGCAUAUGCCAUUUAAAAAAGGUUUUCCAGUACACCCAAGUGGCACAUUCAUGAGAAAAGAGACUUGU